AUGGAUGUUGUUGUUAAAGUUCCUUCGAAAGAAGCAUUCCGAUUAGAUAUGAUAAUUGAAGAAACAAAAAUAAAUGCGCAAUUAAAACAUGAAAGAAUUGUUGAAUAUAUUGGUUAUUAUAGAGAUGCUUUUAAUGAUAUGAGAAUUGUUAGUGAAUAUAUGCCUGGGGGUGAUCUACAUUCGUUUAUUAGUUCAAGAAAAAAUAUUUUAACUGUUGGACAUAUUUUUAAUUUUAUUGGCCAAAUAGCUGAGGGAAUGGAAUAUUUAUCUUCCAAAAAGAUAAUACAUAGAGAUUUGGCUGCAAGGAAUUGCAUGUUGAAUCGUGAUUGUACAGCUAUUAAAAUAGCUGAUUUUGGAUUAAGCCGACAUUUCAAUGCAGAUGCAAACUAUACUUGUUCAAGUCCUGUACGUUUACCUUUGCGUUGGACAGCUAUUGAAUGUCUGGGACAAAAUGGGGAAAUACUUCCAUAUAGCAAAUUCUCUGAAAAAAGCGACGUUUGGUCAUUUGGAAUUGUUAUUUGGGAAUGUUUUUCUCGUGGAGAAAUGCCUUAUGGCACAGAAGAAGUUAGAGACGUCUUACCAAAAUUGAAGUCAGAUUGGCGACUUCCCCGCCCUUCUCAAUGUCCAGCUGGACUUUAUGGACUUUUGGUUUUAAAAUGUUGGGAUAUAUUUCCAGAGAAAAGGCCAAGUUUUUCUGCAAUUUGCAUUUCUUUAGAAGAAAUAUUUUCACUUUUAAUUGUUGAAGAGCCAGAUAUUGUUGUUCGGGAAAUUAUUUAA